AUGGAGGAAUCAAAACUGAUGAGAAAACUUUACAAAAUUAAUUCAACGAAUGAAUCAGAGGACUGCACCAUCCCAGCUCCAUCCUGCAGAAUUGAUCCUACAUUUGAAAGACACAGUGGAGAAUACUGGUGUGAAAAUGAUGAGGGGGAACAAAGCCAAGCUCUUAACAUCUCUGUUACAGCUGGUUCUGUGAUCCUAGAAUUUACUGCCCAACCAGUGGAGGAAGGAUCUGAUGUGACUCUUUGUUGUGUUAACAAGAAUGAGCAGACGGAAAUAGCUGACUUCUAUAAAGAUGGCCGCCUCCUCAAAACCAACUAUGAAAACUAUAACCUGACUCUUCAGAAGGUCUCCAAGUCUGAUGAAGGUUUCUACAAGUGCAGCAUUUCAGGAGCUGGGAACUCUCCAGAAAGCUGGCUGGCUGUUGGUGAACCAGCAAAAGGGUCUGAUAAGGAGACUCAGCCAGUCCGGUAUCUGACCCCAGUAAUCAUCAUUCUGCUGUGCGGCCUUGGUUCUGUACUAUUGGUUACUGGACUGAUUUUAUUCAAGACACGCAAAGGCUUGAUAAAUGAGACGGUCACAGAUCUAAAUGACACCACUUAUGCUGUUAUCGACAAACCAAGGAUGACGAAUGGCGGAGAUGCUGAAAACGGACCAGGCCAAGCCACGUAUGCUUCUGUUCAACUAACGAAGAAAGGUACUUUCAUCACCUCUGUGGUCAACCCACAGUGA